CCAACAGCAUUUCGCGCCAGUAUCAAACACCAAUGCCGAUACUCAAACCUAAUGCUCAUCAUCCUCCUCUCUAUCUCCAUGUCCACCCUCAGAGUCAGACCUCAACGUUUCGUUCCAAAGCCAGUCUCAGACCCUCUCCUUUCUCUCUUCCACACCCGCUCUCUCUCACCCCACAAACACAAGCCCAUCAAUUGGAACACAACCCACAAAUCAGUUCAAGCAAACCCACUUCUCUCCCUAUUAGAAACAUGCAAAUCCAUGUCCCAGCUGAAGCAGAUCCAAUCCCAAAUGAUCCUCACGGGGCUAAUCUUAGAUGGGUUUGCUACGAGUCGCCUAAUCGCCUUUUGUGCGCUUUCGGAGUCGCGAAAUCUUGAUUAUUGUAACAAGAUUUUGUACAAUACGCAGAACCCAAAUGUGUUUUCUUGGAAUGUGGUAAUUAGAGGGUAUUCGGAGAGCGAGAAUCCGAGAGAAGCAGUUGUGUUGUAUAAGAAAAUGUUGAGAAAUGGUGGGUCGACACCGGAUAAUUAUACUUACCCGUUAUUGUUGAAAGUUUGUGCUAAUUUAACGUUGAAUUUUACGGGUCGCGAGGUUCUUGGGCAUGUAAUGCGAUUGGGUUUAUAUUCGGAUAUGUUUGUUCACAAUGCUGUGAUUCAUAUGCUUGUUUCAUGCAGAGAAUUACACGCCGCACGUAAGGUGUUUGAUGAAGGUUGUGUGAGAGAUUUGGUUUCUUGGAAUUCUUUGAUUAAUGGUUAUGUCCGAAGUGGGUUGGCGUGUGAGGCGUUAAGGAUUUAUCAGGAAAUGGAGUUGAAGGGAUUUAAGCCGGAUGAAGUUACAAUGAUUGGAGUGGUUUCUUCGUGUGCCCAAUUAGAGGAUUUGAGACUUGGGAGAAAAUUUAAUCGGUUGAUUGAAGAGAAUGGACUAAGUUUGACAGUUCCUCUUGCUAAUUCGCUUAUGGACAUGUAUAUGAAGUGUGGGAAUCUUGAGGCCGCUCAAGCAUUAUUUGACAACAUGACAAAGAAAACCAUUGUCUCAUGGACUAUAAUGAUAGUGGGAUAUGCCAAAUAUGGGUUUCUGGAAAUUGCUCACAGGCUAUUGUAUGAGAUUCCAGAGAAGAAUGUUGUGCCAUGGAAUGCAAUGAUUGGUGGCUAUGUGCAAGCCAAGCAUAGCAAGGAGGCUUUGGCUCUGUUUCAUGAAAUGCAAGCUAGUAAUAUUAAUCCCGAUGAAAUAACCAUGGUUGGCUGCUUAUGUGCAUGCUCACAGAUUGGAGCACUUGAUGUUGGGAUAUGGAUUCACCAUUAUAUUGAAAAACAAGGUCUUUCUAUAAAUGUUGCUGUGGGGACUGCCCUUGUCGACAUGUAUGCUAAAUGUGGGAAUAUCACAAAGGCUCUCAAGGUCUUCUGGGACAUUCCAGGAAGAAACUCUUUCACUUGGACAGCUAUUAUUUGUGGGUUAGCCCUUAAUGGACAUGCACAUGUUGCCAUAUCUUACUUUGCGGAAAUGAUAAAUACAGGAUUGGUGCCAGAUGAGAUCACUUUUCUUGGGGUCUUAUCAGCUUGUUGUCAUGGAGGUUUGGUUGAAGAUGGUCGUAAGUACUUUUCCUUAAUGACCUCUAAAUUCAAUCUUUGCCCUGAACUUAAACAUUACUCUUCCAUGGUGGACCUUCUAGGCAGGGCUGGUCUUUUGCAAGAAGCAGAAGAGCUUAUCCAUAGCAUGCCAAUCAAGGCAGAUGCUGUGGUGUGGGGUGCAUUAUUCUUUGCUUGUUAUAUUCAUAAAAAUGUUUUGAUAGGAGAAAGAGCCGCUUCCAAGCUUCUUGAGCUGGACCCUCAUGAUAGUGGAAUUUAUGUUUUGCUUGCAAAAAUGUAUAGGGAAUCACAUAUGUGGGAGGAGGCAGAGAAGGCACAAAGUAUGAUGAAGGAGAGAGGAGUUGACAAGACUCCUGGUUGUAGCUCAAUUGAGGUGAAUGGCGCUGUACAUGAGUUUAUUGUUAGAGACAAAUCGCACCCUCAGUCGAAAGAGAUAUAUGAUUGUUUGGUUGAGUUAACAAGACAAAUGGAGCUUGUUGGUAGCAUAUCAGAAGUUCCUGCAUUUUGGGAAAAUUCCACCUUGGUGCUGAAUUUUAGGCAACAAGUUUGAGUCAGCAGGUGAAGGAGAAGAGUGCAGAUGAGAAGGCCUCCAUUUCAAACUGUCAGACAAUGUGCAACGAGUGCAUUUUCAGACUGUAAUUUGCUUCGAAGUCUAUCUAAAACAAAACUUGGACAGUAAAUGAUUGCAACAACUGAAGAACUUCUCUAUUAAUUGUUUAUCCUUGGUGCCUCUACUUUGGGUUCUUACAAGGAAAAUGUUCUUAAGGAGCACCAAAAUGUUCUCAAGAUUGCUAGCCAAGUACAUCUCAGUUCCAUCUUAUGCCAAGGUGUUGGAAAUUUCUCGAUGUGCUUUUCGUGAUCUGCUCUUUAUUAGAGAUUUUCUGCACGAGGGCUUGAAAUGAAUCUGAAGUUAAGUGUUUGGGUAGAUUUGCGUCAAAAAGAGCAUGUCUAAAAAUGCAUGUGGCUUGUGGAGUUGCAAUGAGAAAGAAGAAAGCAAAGUCGUAUUAAUGGGGCCCCACCCCAGGUAGCAAUUGGGACAAAACGCAGCCAGCAUAUUUUUGAUUGCAAGCGACACGUCGGCAGACAAAAAGAACAGAGAAUAUUUAUGAUAUGUGCUUCACUUCCCUUGCACGCCAGGUUUUUAUUCCAUCCUCCUCAUCACUCAUUUCAUGUCUGCUCUGCUCUUAUUCACCUAAAGCUUUCCCUCUCUCCUUCACAUGCCUGACAGCCUCUGCCAUUUUGGUCAGACAACCUGCUCUUGUCCUCACCCAUGGCACACCAAAAGCUCAA